AUGUCCGCAAUACUCAACAUGGUUGCUAAAUCGCCCGCACCCGGAUCCGUAAACAGUAACAAAGAGUUGCGCGGCAUUAAGCGCAAAGCUAAGGGUGAUCCUUAUGAUGAGAUAGACGAUGACGACCCGGCUCAGAAGACACGACGAACUAGAUUGCGUAUUUCUUCCGAAGCACCGGUUCCUAGUAUUAAGACUCGGCCAUCCUCAAUAGGCAAGCCUAAUAAUCGUCGGACUCGUUCUUUGGGAAUACGAAAGGACGUUACUGUUGAUGGGCCUCGCGCCCACACAUCCUCAAAUAUAACUCGUCUAAGCGAUACUCAACAUUCACGGCUAGAACCUUAUCCCGAACAAGAAUAUACCAAAAGCUCGCUCGUUCCGAUAGCUGAUAUGGGUCUUCCUGAAUCCCCCACCGGUAACGAUACGAUCACAACUUCACGAGGUCCUGCCCAAUAUGAAACUGAGUCUGUCGAUAAGGUGUACAAGACGGGUGGGGAGAAAGGCAAGGGAAAGGCGAUUCAACCAAAUCAUGAGGUAAAGGAACGGGCCGAUAUGGAUGAACGUGAGGAGCACGAAGUUGAUUCCCUCCUCAAGCAUCGGAUGGCCCUGAGUGGCAGCGGGAAGGUCGAGCUUCUCGUCCGCUGGGUCGGGGAGGAGGAGGAUGAGGCUACGUGGGAGUUGGAAGAGGAGGUACAGCGAGGCGCUUCAGAGACUUUAUACACCUACUGGAAGACGCAAGGUGGUCGCAUCAAUGCGCUAUUCAUAAAACCUAAGAAUGCGCCGCCGGAGAGCUACCACGCCUUCAAAAUUCUCGGCCAUAACAAGAAGAAGAGAGGCGGGUUUGAAUUCGAGGUCCAAUGGGUUGGUCACCCUCCCACUCGCGGCGAGACCUCGGUAGAGGCCGAGCCCAAGCUGAGGAAGAUUGCGCCAGAAGCUCUCGGCCAGUACUGGGAAAGCGUCGGCGGUCGUGAUAAUUUUCUAGCCAAGCGCGGCCGGAACAGGAAAGCGAGGAUCGACCAAUAA